ACCUUUCUGUUCCCGAGGUGACUGCACCAGGACUGUUCCGUUGUCGUCUGCGUGGAUCUUUAACUUUGUUCGGGGUCACUUGAAUCCUGCUGUAAACACACCUGAAACGUAUUUGGACCCCCCGAGCAAGAUUACCGGAGCAGUCCUAAAGGCAAGCAAGGCCAUAUCGCUUAACUUCGAACCAAACUUUCUAAAAGAAAAGUUUUCGAGUUUUUUUUUUUAAUUUAAAGAAUAAUGGAGCUCAAUAUCGAAGCCAAAAGAAUAAUGGGACUUUCUCUGAGCAAGCUCUACAACUCCCGAAUGCAGAAGGGGGGCAUGAGGCUCCACAAAAGCUUGAUGCUGUCUCUGGUGAUGAGGUCCGCCCGUGAGAUCUACUACACGACAAAGCUGGCGAGUAGUGAGGUCGAGCCGAGCCGGCAUGAGGCGUCGCAGCUUGUGGCCGUAAGCGCCAACGUGCCGGGCGUGGGGACCGAGGACAGCAUGGAGAUCGGAGAGCCGGUGGUGGACAAGGAUAGCAGCGGCACUCCCGUCGAGCCUCUGGGCGAGAGGUCUGCGAACCUCCCCGACAAGACCGUGGACUGUUUGGGCGAGCGCUUGGCCGCCACGGACUGCGAUAAGGAAAACUCCGCCAGCCCACCGUCGUCGUCUCCUGACAGACAGUCCAGGAAGCGCCGAGGCAAAGCCACAGCCGAGCCCGAGUUUCUACCCAGCAAGCGGGCCAGGAUGGAGCCGCUGGAGCAGCUGCAGGCGAACAACGCCGCCGAUGACUCGAGGUUAGUCUACGAGCCCACGGCCACUUGCCACUCCGGAGACAGACUGGGCAGCUCCAUGGGCACGCUGGUUCGAGCCAUUGUGGCAUUUUGACUCUUGAAACUGAACUGAACAAAAUGAAUACUCAGACAAGUCGGGGGAUUUGUUUCCGCACUUGCCUGGCUGGAAAAUUCCCAAGGGGACGGUGAUCUCCGGUCUGAAUGUGCCGUCACCACCACCACAUCUCCCCCCCCCCCCCUCCAUCCCGGGAGCGGAUGUCGCGCCUGCCUGACGGUCGGAGUCGAGGCUGUGGGUCUCGACGGGGGGGGACGGCGUGUGCGCCACCAGAAGCGGGGCGCACAGAACGGGAGAGAAAGUGAGACUGGCACCGGUCGCCACAAAGAAACGAGCUGCAAGCAUGGCGAUCGACCCCCUCAGAGUAUGUGGCGAGGGGCGUAAAUGGAACACGAA